AGCUGUUCCUAUGUUUAAAUGCCAGAAGUCAUAAACCAGAGAAAAGGACUCAGAAUCCUUAAUAAAUCUAAUUUUGGUUUGAGUUAUAUAAUCUAUUAAUUCAACUCAGUUGUGGCUCCAUAUCCCCUCCUCCAUCAUCACUACACUACUGAGGUGAUCUUGAGCUAUAUGGCCAUGGUUUAUGCCAUUGUUGCUCUUGGAUGUCUUCUGUUAGCUUUUCUAUUCUUUGUUACGAGAUUGUUCUCUAAUGGGAGGAUUGCAUCUCCCAGACAUAUACCUCCACCCGGGGUUCCUGGGCUACCUUUGAUCGGGAAUUUACUGCAAUUCCAGGAGAAGCCACCCCAUGAGACGUUCACUAAAUGGGCUGAUGUUUAUGGACCGAUCUACUCUAUUAGGACUGGAGCUUCCAGGUUGGUGGUUCUCAAUUCCACUGAUGUUGCCAAAGAGGCUAUGGUGGCAAGGUAUUCAUCCAUCUCAACAAGGAAGCUUUCAAGUGCAUUGAAGAUAAUCACAAACCAUAAAAGUAUGGUUGCCUCAAGUGAUUAUGAUGAGUUCUACAAGAUGGUGAAGCGAAAUAUAGUCAUAAGUCUCUUGGGAGCAAAUGCUCAGAAGCGAUUUCGUUGUCACAGAGAUACCUUGAUAGAGAAUGUGUUGAACUGCUUGCUCGCUCACGUAGAGAACAAUCCUGAUCAAGCUGUGAACUUCAGAAAUAUUUUCAGAGAUGAACUCUUUGGAUUGGCAUUGAAAGAAGCUUUGGGAAAUGACAUGGAUUCAUCCAUUUAUGUUGAAGAUCUAGGUACUAGGCUCUCAAGAGAGGAGAUCUAUCAGGUGUUGGUGAUUGAUCUAUUGAUGGGUGCAACGGAGGUGGACUGGAGAGAUUUAUUUCCGUAUCUCAGAUGGAUUCCUAACAAGAGCCUGGAAAUGAAGAUCAAGCGAAUGGAUGCACAAAGAGAAGCAGUGAUGAAGGCCCUUACUGAGGAGCCAAAGAAACGGAUUGCUAUGGGACAGAAAAUGAACUGUUAUCUUGAUUACUUGUUAUCUGAAGCAAAGACACUUACAGAGAAACAACUUCUUAUGUUGUUAUGGGAAGUAAUUGUUGAGUCCUCAGAUACAAUCUUGGUCACAACAGAGUGGUGCAUGUAUGAACUUGCAAAAGAUGCAUUCCAUCAGGAUCGCUUAUAUCAGGAGAUUCAAAAAAUUUGUGGUUCUGAUAAGAUUUCAGAGGAACAUCUUUCACAAUUACCAUACCUAAAUGCUGUUUUCCAUGAAACACUGAGAAAGUACAGUCCAGCUCCUGUGCUUCUCCCACGAUAUGUUCAUGAAGAUACUGAACUAGGAGGGUACCACAUUCCUGCUGGAACUCAGAUUGUAAUCAAUAUCUAUGGGUGCAACAUGAACAAGAAACAAUGGGAUGAACCUGAAAAGUGGAAACCUGAGAGGUUUCUUGAUAGCAAGUAUGAUUCAACUGAUUUGUACAAGACAAUGGCUUUUGGAGGAGGAAAGAGAGUCUGUGCAGGUGCUUUGCAGGCAAUGUUGAUUGCUUGUACAGCUAUUGGUAGAUCUGUGCAGGAGUUUGAGUGGAGACUCAAAGAAGGGGAAGAAGGAGAUAUAAACACAGUUAGGCUCACCACCUGCAAGCUUAAUCCAUUACAAGUAAUGAUAAAACGAAGAGAAAGAUAAGAGAUUGAUUCACCCAGAUUGCUUAUGUUUCUUUCAAGGUGGGAUCAUCUAAUAUUUAGUUGACAUCAUAGUUGAAAGGUAUGGGAAUAUGUACCUUGAAAAUUUAGUUUUUCCCCUCUUAUGGUUCAUCAAGGAUUCAGAUUUCGAACUUCAAAAGGAGUAGUCUCCUUAUCUUUUGGCAAUAAAUUUAAGUUUGAGAAUUUCAUCCUGAGGAAA